UGUUAAAACUGCGUCGCAAAUAAUGUUAUCGAUUAAUUUUUUAAGAACCUCUGAGUCAAUAAGCAAACGAUUAAAUAAUACGAAUAGAAAAGCGAAUAAUAUAAAAUUAUUAAUGAGGUUCUCAUUUUGUAUUGUGAUUUUUAUUGUAACAACCCACCUAUUGUCAUCGGUUAGCGCAAGCGAGUCGUUGGGAAACCCGUAUAAAAUAUUAGGUGUUCAUAAACGUGCGACUUUACAAGAAAUUCGAAAAGCAUACAAAAAUCUUGUUAAAGAAUGGCAUCCAGAUAAAACUGAUCACCCAAGUGCAGAAAAUAAAUUUGUAGAAAUUACAAAAGCUUAUGAGAUUUUAACUGAUCCAGAAAGAAGAAAGAAAUUUGAUAAUCAUGGAAUUACAGAAGAAAGUAUUCCUAGGCAACGAAGAGAUAAUAGCCACUUUAAUAAUGUCUUUGAUCCAUUGGAAGAAUUAUUUGCCAAAAAUUUCAAAUUUCAUUAUCAAAAUCGAGAUAUUUCACUUUUCUACAAGAUGAGCAUUACAUAUCGAUCAUUUGAAAAUGUAAUACUACCAAAAACUUUUCGUACACCAUAUUUGAUAUUAUUUUAUUCAGAUUGGUGUUUUGCAUGUUUGCAAGUAGAACCAACGUGGCGACGUUUGAUUGAUGAAUUAGAGCCACUAGGUCUUGGUUUAGCAACUGCACAUGCUGAGAAAGAGUCAGCUCUGGCAAGGAAACUAGGAAUUCAUUCGCUACCAUGCCUUGUUGUUACAAUAGAUGGUCGUACAAGUGUAUAUAAAGAAUCUCUUUUUAGCAUUCAAAAAGUUGUUGACUUCUUACGAAGCAAAUUUCCAUACAAAUUAAUACCUAACAUAAAUAAAAAUAAUGUAGACAAUUUUCUCUCAGGUUGGAUAGAUAAUCGAAUUCGAGCUUUAAUAUUUGAUAAGAAAGAAUCCGUAAGAUUACGGUAUUUAUUUAUUGCAUUUUAUUAUAGAGAUCGUGUCGCAUUUGGUUUUGUUCAGACAGAAAAGCCAGAAACUGAACAUAUUGUAAUGAAGUAUAAAAUUUCUGUGGAUUUAGAUACUUUAUUAUUAUUUAAUGAAAAUUCUGAGAAACCUAUGGCAUCUGUUAGUAUGAAAGAUAUAUCUAGUGACACAAUGCACAAUGUUAUUUCAAAUAAUAAAUUCCUUGCUCUACCAAGACUUUCAAACCAAGCAAUGUUAGAUUCUGUUUGUCCACCAGAGUGGUUAAGACCUCAAAAACGAUUAUGCGCAAUUUUAAUAUCACAACAAAAUAGUCCCCUUCAUGACUUAGCUAGACAUAAAUUUAGACAAGCAGCUUUAGAAACAUCUUACAGUACUGAAAGGGUUAGAUAUACAUACGUAUUUAAGGAUACCCAGCCGGAAUUUGUAUCGGCAUUAUCAACGGGUGAAGGCAGUCCUUUAGAACCUCUAUUACAUAUUGUAAUUAUUUGGAGAAGGGAUGCAAAUCAUUUGAAAUAUGAAUGGCUACCUAAUGGUUGGGUCGAAGCUGCUCAGGAUGAAAGUCAGUGGAAUGAAACACGUCGAAAUUUAGAACAAACCAUACAAAGAUUAUUACGUGCAUCCGAAGCUUUACCAUAUGCUGCAGUUGUAGGAGAAUUAGCAGAUGAACAUGCACAGGGUACUGUAGAUAAACUUAUUGGGAAAGCGUUAUUAGCUGUAGAUUAUAUUUCGGAUAGCCUUACUAAAGAGCAAAUAUUGUCUUUAGUAUCAGUAAUUGCUACUUUAAUGUUAAUUGGUGCUGCGGGAUAUGGAAUGUCAUAUUUAGCAAAAUUAGAGGAAGCAAGUAUUCAAGCUGAACGUGCUCAAUGUAAGGAUAACAGCAAAUCAACACCGUCACAACCACAGUUACGAUUACAUGAAUUACGAGCAGAAAAAUACAAUGGUUUAGUUCGACUACUAAAACCAGGUUGUAGAACCAUUAUAUUAUUAGUUGAUGUUCAAAGUAGACUAAAAUUAUUACCAGCUUUCCAUAAAGCUGUGUGGCCUUAUAGGAAAAAUAAAACUCUUAUGUUUGGACACUUGUCCCUUGAAAGAGGAUUAGAUUGGUAUAAAAAACUGUUAUCCCUCACCUUGCCAGAACAAAAAGAGCUAAAUAUAAAUGCCAAAAAUUGUGUUGGCACUGUAUUAUCUUUAAAUGGGCAUCGUAAAUAUUUUUGUAUGUACCAUGCCAAACAUCCAGAAUGUACUAAAGGCAAAGGUUCUAAGAGAAUAGAACAAAUGACAAAGCAGUUAACUCGAAGAACAUAUGAUGCAGAAGCUGGUGCAUUUAUAGGCUUUGACAGUUCCAAUGAAUCUGACGUUUCUGAAGAAGAGGGUGGAAACAAUGUUUUAUGUCAGGACAAUCUUUUGGAUGGUUUACCAAUGUGGCUGGAUAGGCUAUUUGAAGGUUUAACACAUCGUUAUUAUGUAAACUAUUGGCCCGAGUUCACUGCCAAGUAAAUGAAAAUUGAUAUACAUUCUGGUAAUGUGUAUACUUUUUGCAAUAGAAAAAGGGAUCCAACUAGUCAACAAUAUCAUAUAUCAUUUAAAAAUUCUAUACAAUUUAAAAAGAUGCAUCCUAUAAUUUUAUGUAAAGUUAGGGUACAUUCAUUGUAUAUCUAUGAGAUAUUAUUUAUUAACUCAUUCGCGGU